GAUCUUGUUGACCAUAAAACCCUACUUAUUUGGGUCCAUCACGCCAGUCACUGAGACAACGGUCACCAAAUUUCAUGAAACUGUGAUGGCCGUCAAAGCCCUCGACGAGUCAGAUGUUGGCAUCUCCUGCUACAUUUCCAACCUUCCUGGUUUCCGUGGAAUUUUAAAGCAAAGGUAUUCUGAUUUUAUUGUAAAUGAAGUAGACAGAGAAGGAAAUGUUGUUCAAUUGUCCUCGUUUGAUGUCCCUGAGGAGAGCGUUGAAGAAAAACGAGAGCAGACAACUGAGGCUACAAAUAUAAGUUAUGCAUCUCUAAUUGAGUCAUUUAAAUCUCUUGCCGGUGAUGCUGAUGUAGAGCGUUUGGAAGAGUUUCUGAAUGAAUUAAGUUCCAGUUGCGGAGACAGUGUUUCUCCCAUUGUUCUAUCCCCAGAUUCUGACAAAUCACAUAGAACGGCAAUGCAUAAUUUCUUCAGAGAGAACUUCAAGUUUCUUGUCACUGACACUAUUGAUGGACCAGAUGCUUCAUCAAAAUGUAUCCGUGUGAGAGUGGAUUCAGAUGGACCUAGGAACAAAGGUAGAAACUCCAGGAAACGCAAAGAUAGAGAUUACAAGCCUUUUGAUAGCAGAGGUUCGGAAAAUUGGCCAGCAAAUGUUGGCAAAUUCCUCAGGUUUCAUCUUUAUAAGGAGAAUAAAGAUACACAGGAAGCUCUGGGGGUGAUUGGGAAGAUGCUUGGCACACAGCCAAAAUCAUUUGGGUUUGCUGGUACAAAGGACAAACGCGCUGUUUCAACACAAAGGAUUACUGUUUUUAAGCAGCGGGCAAGUAGACUAGCUUCCCUUAAUGACAGGUUGAUUGGUAUCAAAGUUGGUGACUUCUGCUAUGUUAAAGAAGGACUUCUUCUUGGCCAGCUAUUUGGGAACCGAUUUACAAUCACAUUACGAGGAAUUAUUGCAGAUUCUGAAGAUACCAUAAAAGCAUCUGCAGAUGCUUUAGGAAAGCAUGGCUUCAUCAACUAUUUUGGUUUACAACGUUUUGGCAGCGGUUCUGUUCCAACUCACCUUAUUGGGGCUGCAUUACUUAGAGGGGAAUGGAAGCUUGCUGUAGAUAUGAUUCUUGAUCCACGGGAUGGAGAAAGAAAUGCAAUAACCAAGGCACGUGAGUAUUAUAAGAACAGUAAUGAUGUUGAAGGGACAUUGAAGCAGUUACCUCGACAUAUGGUUGCUGAAAGGGCUGUGCUGCAAAGUUUGAAGAAGGCUCCUGGAAAUUACUUGCAGGCUUUGAAAGCUAUACCCCGGACAUUGAGAAUGAUGUAUGUGCAUAGUUACCAAAGCUAUUUGUGGAAUCAUGCUGCAACUACAAGGGUGCAAAAAUAUGGUACUGAACAAGUUGUAGUAGGAGACUUGGUGUAUCGCAAAGAUAAUGCUGCCGGAAAUGGAACAGGGUUUGUCAGUCGUGACUGUUCUGUUAGCUGUAACAAUGGAGAAAAUUCCUCUAACGAAGAUGAAGAAAUGGAUGUUCAUGAAGAACGCAAUAGCCACGUCAAGGUUAUGACUGCUGAAGACCUUGAGGCAGGAUGUUAUACUAUCGAUGAUGUCAUCCUUCCAAUGCCUGGUUCACGGGUAGUUUAUCCAACAAAUGAUGUUGCCCAAGUUUAUCAUGAUUGGGCGAAGAAGGAUGCAAUCAGCCUAACAGAAUGUGUCCACAAUGUCAAGGAAUUCUCGAUAACCAAUAUGACUGGAAGUUACAGGAGGGUUUUUCAGAAACCAAUAAAUUUUGAAUGGGAAUUACUUACAUAUACUGAUCGUAGCAAACCAUUGGCAGAGACAGACUUGGACAAAAUGGGGAAGACCAGACCUAUAGACGAUUUCAAACAAGUGAAUGCCCCCCGUUGGGAGAAGGAAGAAAAUCUUGAUUGCAUUAGACAACCAGAAAGUUCUGGUGAUGAUGCUAAGCUUGAGAUUGCAAAUGAUGAGACGCCUGGUGAUGAAGUAGAGUUGUUGCAAGAUGAAUCCAUUUGCACCUCUAAUUCACAGGAUUCACAAAUUGCUCUCAAAUUAAGCUUUACUCUUCCUUCUUCUUGUUAUGCAACUAUGGCCAUAAGAGAGCUUCUGAAGACCUCAACAUCUGUUGCAUAUCACAAGACAUUAAACCAGUAAGCAUCGUAUAGGAGGAUGGUUUUCUACCGGAGAGGGUCAAGUAGAGCGGGAGAGAAACGCCAGUAAGCUAAGGUUCACCACGUGUCACGAACGAAAGAGGGUUUUGGUUUGCUUGAACCGGCCACCAUGCUACGGAUGGAAAGAGAGAUUCGUGAGGUGGACUGUAUUUUGGUCCCUUAUUUCGGUGUGAAAAGAAAUCAAAUCGUACUGACAAUGCCUGGAAUUGGUUUAAAGUGAAAACGGAAAGGAGAUAGGAAUUAGAAUUACAAUUAAUAACAAUAAAGGAAUGUAAUUGAGUUUUGGAAAUAUGCUUGUUAGUAGUGAGGCAAAGUUUUGUGCCUAUUUAUUGAUUAGGGAUGCUUAAGAUUGCUAACCUUUGUUCAGCCGCCACUUUGCUCUGAAAUGAUGGAUGAAGGAAGAUGUCUCGAUUUGUUUAGUAGCUUGUCA